AUUUUAAUGAAUGGAAAACAAUUGACAGGUUUGAAUUAUUCGGAUAUAUUGAAAAAAUAUUGAUUAUAUACUUUAUACUAUUACAUGUUAGGCGAUUGUUUAUAAUAGGUAAAAACUCUCAACUUACGAUUGGAAACAUCUGAAUACUCAUGAAAAGGAAUUACGAGUAGUUUGGUCUCCUAGUCAACCACCAUCACCAUCGAAAGCAAUGUGUGAAUUUUCAUCUGGUGAUUCUAGUCCUUGUGAUGAUGAUCAAUAUUAAACUAAAAUAGAAUUCAUAGGUACAAAAUUAUCUAUUCGUGAAAUAUGUAAUUCUGUUCUCAAUUCUAAUUGCUAUGAAAUUCGUAUUUUAGAACCCACAAAAACUGGAAAAUAUGAAAAGUUUAUCAUUUUUUUAAGCAAUUUAGAAUUCCUCUAGAGUGGUAAAAUCAAAGAGAUAUCAUACUUUUUAAUUUUGAUUCAACUUUUGAUGUUUGUUAAGAUAAACAUUCCAUUAAAAAGUAUUUAAAAGAAAAGUAUUUUAUAUAAUUAAAUAAAUUAAUUAAAUAGAUUUAAAGAUUAUUAAUUUAUCACUAUCGAAGAAGUUUAAAAGAUUUACUUGGCAGGGGAAUAAGCAUUUAUAAUCAAAAUUAAUGAAGAUAAAUCUGCAUAAUUCUUUUAUUAUAAUAUGAGUGUGAGCCAACAAAAACAUAAAAAAUAUAUAGGGGAUAACUUUUAAGUAUGAUAAUCUAUAUUAUAAAUAAAGGUUGGAAUCUUACGAAAAAUCAAAGAUAUAUAAGUUUCAUAUAGAAUAAUCUUGAGAUUUUUACCAAUUUAUUUUGUGAGGGAAAAAGUAGAAAGCAUCAUUUAUGAAAGAAAAAAUGACAAAUUUUAGAUAGAUUAUAGGUAAAUAAGAGUAGAUGAGUUAUUUGAAUGUAUGAUAAACAUAAUUAUUUUAGUUGAAGGAUGUAAAUAUGGAAUUAUUUAUUGUGAUGAUUUAAGAUAAUCGUUAUACCUUGUUGAUUUACUUAAUAGGUAAUUUAUAAAUAUUAUUACAAAAAGGUAUUUCUUUGAUAGAAAAAUUUCUUAACCAGAAAUAAUUGCAAUAAAUGAAGAAGGAAAAAGCAUCUCUUCUGUUUCUUAUAGAUAAGAAUAUUAAAACUUUUUUUAAAUGAACUUUGACACAUAGAAAAUGAUGAAAUAAACAUUGUAAUAAGAAAUUGAUAAGGAGAUAUAAGAAAAAUAAGAGAGAUAAGAAAAACAAGAGAGAUAAGAAAAACAGGAUAAAUUGGAGAGGUAGGAAAAAUAUGAGAAAGAAAAAUAAGAAAAAGAAAAAUAGCAUAGUGAAAAAAGUAUCUUUAAUAAUAACGAAAGAAAAAUAUCAUUAAGAUAUUAAUAUUAACACUGUGGAAAUUAACAGUAAUAAAUAGUAUGAACGAUAAGAAAAAUUAAAUGAGAAAACAUACCAUAAUCAUAAUUAUCAUUAUUAUAAUAACAAAUGUAUCAAAAUUAUUUAAUUUUAUAGAUGAAAGUAGAAAUAAUACUAGAAGGUCAAGAUCUUAAUCAAGGAGAAGAAGACACAGUUCAAGUGAAAGUUCUAAGUUAAAAUAUAUAAUUAAUUAUAUAACAGAAAAUAUUAUGAAAGAAAGCAUAGGUCGAAUCGAAAUGAGACAAUAAAAAAAUCGGGAUGGGAUGGCAAAUCAAGAAAAUGAAUAAAUUUUACUGUAAUUUUAAAACAACAAAACAACAACAACUAAAAAGGAAUUUCAGUAGAAAAUUAUAUUAACAAACCAAAACAAAAAUACUUGAAGUCAAAAUUCAAAAUCACUAAGCUUCCUUUCAAUUAGGCAAAAUAUAGUUAAUUAACUACUAUUACAACUUAUCUUAAUUCAAG